AUUGUGCAGGCUGGCUGUGCGGUGCCCGAAGACCCAUCGGCCUGAUCGUUGAUCGGUUGCGCCUCCUGGUGAACUGCAGUCCCCGGCAAAACGUAGCUGAACAGCGUAAGCGGCGUCAGCGGAGGUUAUUCUUAAGAAGAAACCAGUUACCGCGGGACGACCUGAGCUCUUGUUGUGGAAGUUUGGUGCAACUUUGCCCCGGACGGAGUUGACGUUGGGAGUGUUUAAAGCUGGUGGUUAUGGAAUAGAGGAGCGGAGUGAGGCCUGCGGAUAACUGACGUUAGCUAGCUGAGCUAGCUUUUGUGAAGCUGUCCAUAUUUGUUUUGGGUGGCUGUGCUAACUGUCUAGGGAUCGCACGUUGAUGAUUAAAAAUCAGGUAGACGCAGACCAGACCGCACAGUGUCUCUGCCCCUGUAAGGGUCGAGUCCUUAGCACCCCGUCCCGCCGACCACUGUCUCCUGACUCCGGCUGGCUCCAGAGGCUGGCCGCACGGCACUGAGUGCCCAAUGGAGGAACAUGACAGCAUGGACUAUUUUUAUCAGCAGGUACUUCAGAAAGAUGUUACCCGUAGGUUGCAAAUCGGACAGGACCUCAUUGAUUACCUGAACGACCCUCAGCGCUCCCCGGACGUGGAGCAGGACAAACCCCGGCUAGACAAGACCAUAGACGAGUUAACGGGAUGGGUGAACUCCAGCAAUUUCAAGGUGGCAUUGUUGGGGAUAGAUAUCUGCGGGGCAUUUGUGGACCGCAUGGGAGAGCGGUUUAAAGGAUACCUCGGCACAGUGUUGCCAGCCCUGGUGGACAGGCUGGGUGAUGGGAAGGACCAGGUCAGGGAGAACAGCCAAGCCCUCAUCCUUCGCUGCAUGGAGCAGACUACCUCGCCCAUGUAUGUUUGGGAAAGGCUACUUCCUGGUUUUAAGCACAAGAACUUCCGCUCUCGGGAAGGAGUCUGCCUCUGUCUCAGUGCCACGCUCAGCACGUAUGGAGCCCAGCCGCUGAGCCUCAGUAAAAUAGUUCCUCAUCUCUGCUCUCUGACAGGAGACCAAAACCCACAGGUACGUGAGGCGUCCACAACAACACUGGUGGAUGUUUAUCGUUACGUUGGAGAGAAGGUCAGAGCAGACCUUGGAAAAAGAGGGCUUCCAGCUGCACGGUUACAGACGAUAUUUGCUCGUUUUGAUGAAGCCUUGAAUUCAGGCAACAUGGCUCUCAGCCCGAGUCACGAUCGUAGUUUUGAUGACGACGACAGUGUGGAUGGAAGUCGCUCUUCCUCGGCCCAAGCUGCCUUCAAGGUUCCCAAAGUUCCCAAAAAGACUGCAGAGUCGUCCGCUGCACGCAGGCCCAGCGCUACUGGUGGCAAGCUAGUGUCCAAGGAAAGUGCCGGAGCAGUUGAUGAAGAGGAUUUCAUAAAGGCCUUUACAGAUGUCCCUGCUGUCCAGAUCUAUUCAACAAGAGAUCUUGAGGACAACCUGAAUAAGAUCCGUGAGAUUUGCUCUGAUGACAAACACGACUGGGACCAGAGAGCCAAUGCUCUUAAGAAAAUCCGCUCACUGCUGGUGGCAGGGGCAGCCAACUACGACUGCUUUUACCAGCACCUACGGCUACUAGAUGGAGCCUUUAAAUUGUCCGCUAAAGACCUGCGCUCACAAGUGGUCCGAGAGGCGUGUAUCACUGUGGCCCACCUUUCAUCAGUGUUGGGGAAUAAAUUUGACCACGGAGCGGAAGCCAUCGUUCCCGUCCUGUUUAACCUCAUUCCCAACUGUGCCAAAGUCAUGGCCACCUCUGGUGUCUCAGCUAUCCGCAUCAUAAUACGGCAUACCCAUGUCCCCAGGCUCAUCCCUCUGAUAACCAGCAACUGCACAUCCAAGUCUGUGGCAGUAAGAAGGCGCUGUUAUGAUUUCUUGGACCUUCUGCUACAGGAAUGGCAGACCCACUCUCUAGAAAGACACACUGCAGUCCUGGUUGACAGCAUCAAAAAAGGAAUUAGAGAUGCCGACUCAGAGGCCAGAGUGGAGGCUCGCAAGGCCUACUGGGGUCUGAGGAACCAUUUUCCAGGAGAAGCUGAUGCUCUUUACAAUUCCUUAGAGCCUUCAUACCAGAAGACCCUUCAGUCCUGCCUGAAGAGCUCUGGCAGCGUGGCCUCACUUCCCCAGAGUGACCGCUCCUCAUCUUCCUCUCAAGAGAGCCUAAAUCGGCCUCUGUCUUCUAAAUGGUCAGCAGCUCCAGGGCGAGUCCCUGCGGGUUCAAAGGGUGGGGUGUCGUCGACCUCCCUGCAGCGGUCCCGUAGUGAUGUGGAUGUAAACGCAGCAGCAGUUGCUAAGUACCGGCACGUCGGACAAUCUGGGGGAGCGGGCCGUCUGCCCCCCGGGUCCUACUCCUCACUGGAUGAUGCCUCUGAUAAAACGGAUGGAACCAGAUCAGACAAUGGUCGCGUACGUACCAAACAACCCUUGUCUACAGCCAGCAGCGUGUCAAGCCAGGUGGACUCACGAGGACGCAGCCGCACCAAAAUGGUGUCCCAGUCGCAACGAUCUCAGUCUGCUACCCCUGUCGGUGCUGGCAGUCGGAGUGGCUCCCCCGGUCGUGUGCUGACAAGUACGGCUCUGAGCACCAUGAGCUCCGGGGCUCACAGGGUGCUGCCUGGAUCCAGCGGGGAUGGACACAGACGCAGCCGCAUCCCCCGCAGCCAGGGCUGCUCCAGAGACUCUUCCCCCACCCGCCUGUCUGUCGCUCCUUCUAGCAUUAGUUCCAUCUACAACGGAGCAAGCAGAGGAGCUCGGGGCAGUCGUAUCCCGCGGCCCAGUAUGAGUCAGGGCUGCAGCAGAGAGGCCAGCAGGGAGAGCAGCCGGGACACCAGCCCCGUACGCUCCUUCACACCCCUUGCGACACGGAGCUACUCUCGCUCCACCGGAGCUCUCCACACACCUGAUGCUUUUGGGGCUGCAGGAUCAGGUUUUGGCAUCAGUCAGUCGAGCCGUCUUUCUUCUUCAGUCAGUGCCAUGAGGGUCCUGAACACUGGCUCGGAUGUAGAAGAGGCUCUUGCAGAUGCACUGCUGUUGGGAGACAUGAGAUCUAAGAAGAAGCCAGCACGGCGGCGGUAUGAGAACUACGGCAUGUACUCCGAUGACGAUGCCAACAGCGAUGCAUCCAGUGCUUGUUCAGAGAGAUCCUACAGCUCCAGAAAUGGAGGAGCCAUCCCCACCUACAUGAGACAAACAGAGGAUGUAGCUGAGGUGCUGAAUCGUUGUGCCAGUGCCAACUGGUCUGAGAGAAAGGAAGGGCUACUGGGCCUUCAGGCUUUGCUGAAAAACCAGCGCACCCUCAGUCGGGUUGAAUUGAAGAGGCUCUGUGAAAUCUUCACCAGGAUGUUUGCUGACCCUCACAGUAAGCGAGACUCCGGCAGGGUGUACGGCACGGCAGAAUCCGGUAUAAGCUCAGCCUCCUUCAAGAGAGUAUUCAGUAUGUUCUUGGAGACGCUGGUAGAUUUCAUCCAGGUCCAUAAGGACGACCUGCAAGACUGGUUGUUUGUCCUGCUUACACAGCUGCUGAAGAAGAUGGGAGCGGACCUGCUGGGCUCCGUGCAAGCCAAAGUCCAGAGAGCCCUGGAUGUCACAAGAGAAUGUUUUCCCAAUGACCUCCAGUUUACUAUUCUCAUGAGGUUCACUGUGGACCAAACACAGACGCCCAACCUCAAGGUGAAGGUGGCUAUUCUGAAGUACAUCGAGACACUGACGUUACAGAUGGAAGCUCCAGACUUUGUGAACUCCAGCGAGACUCGACUGGCUGUUUCCCGCAUCAUCACCUGGACAACUGAACCCAAGAGCUCUGAUGUCAGAAAGGCAGCCCAGUCGGUGCUAAUCGCCCUGUUCCAGCUCAACACUCCAGAAUUCACCAUGCUGUUGGCAGCUCUGCCCAAGACCUUCCAGGACGGGGCCACCAAGCUGCUUCAAAACCACCUGAAGAACACAGGCAAUGCUGCACAGGCACCAAUGGGCAGCCCUUUGACACGUCACACCCCACGAUCACCAGCCAGCUGGUCCAGUCCAGUCACUUCCCCCACUAACACGUCCCAGAACACCCCCUCACCAUGUGCUUUUGACUAUGACACAGAAAACAUGAAUUCAGAGGACAUCUACAGCUCACUGAAAGGUGUCACCGAGGCGAUCCAAAACUUCAGCGUUCGCAGCCAAGAAGACAUGAAUGAACCCGUCCAGCGGCGAGAUGGAGAGGAGGGGGGCAGCGGGAUAGAUGGAAGAGUGUCAGAAAUGGGCGACAGCGGCCGCAUGGCUCUCGACAACAAGACUUCACUCCUCAACACCCCCCUGCUCUCCUCCAGCCCCCGAGUAUCCCGCGAGCACUUCUCUGACUCUCCCUUCAAACACAGCCGCAAAGACACCAGCCUGGACGACUCCGAGCAUCUCACCGACGACAGCAGCCUGGACCAGUCGGAGCUGGUGGCUGAGCUGCUCAAGGAGUUAUCCAAUCACAACGAGCGCAUAGAAGAGAGGAAGGCGGCACUGUGUGAGCUGCUGAAGCUAAUCCGUGAAAACACCCUGCAGGUGUGGGAUGAACACUUCAAGACCAUCCUGCUGCUACUCCUCGAGACAAUGGGCGACAGAGAGCAUGUGAUCCGAACGCUGGCUCUGCGGGUGCUGAGGGAGAUUCUCAGCAAGCAGCCCUGGAGGUUUAAGAACUACGCAGAACUCACCAUCAUGAAGGCCCUGGAGGCUCACAAAGACCCUCACAAGGAGGUGGUACGAGCAGCUGAGGAGACAGCAGCCAUGUUGGCAUUGUCCAUCAGUCCAGACCAGUGUAUCAAGGUGUUGUGUCCCAUUAUCCAGUCAGCUGAUUACCCCAUCAACCUGGCUGCCAUCAAGAUGCAGACCAAAGUGGUGGAGAGGAUUCCUCGCGAAGGCCUGAUCAGCCUGCUGCCAGAGAUUGUGCCAGGACUCAUACAGGGUUACGACAACUCUGAGAGCAGCGUGAGGAAAGCCUGCGUGUUCUGCCUGGUGGCCAUCUAUUCAGUGAUAGGAGAGGACCUCAAACCUCACCUCAGCCAACUCUCCAGCAGCAAGCUGAAGCUGUUGAACCUGUACAUCAAGCGCGCCCAGUCCGGCUCCACUGGCAGCGAGCCCCCAGCCGAGGGGCUAUAGGAAACAGAGCGCCAUCCCACAGGGCAACUACAGAACUGCAACUAUGCCCACCUUCAAACAUACAACAUAAACCAUCCGUUCAUGAGAACACAG